AUGUCGCUCUCCGAGCGUCUCUUGGACGGCCGAUCGUUGCCGCCCAACCUCCGCGUCUUUGUGUGGGGCAUGCACCGCCCGACGCCCGCACCGCGCCUCACUGCGCUACACCACACCUCCCAGCUGCGCACGCUCGACUUGUCGGGCAACCAUUCGCUCUUCUCGAACGCGAUCGCUGAGCUCUUGCCACAUUUACCGCACCUGCAAACGCUCAACGUGUCCAAAGGCAAGUUCGCACCAGGCGACGUGGUGCAGUUGCUCACUGCCAUGAGUCAGCGCCCGUCGCUGCAACACGUUUUGAUGCGGCAGUGCAAUCUACCUCGAACGGCCCUUCCUUUACUUGUUGCGUGCAUCGCGGCAUGGCCAUCGCUUCGACGCCUCGACCUCGCGGGUCUGUACCUUCCUCCACAAGCGUUCAAGGCGAUGGUGACGGCGCUGGGUCGAUGCCCCAACUUUGCGUCGUUGAGUCUGCGCUUCCCUCCGUACACGGAUGCAAUGUGGCGUGCGAUUGCUCCAGCGCUCGGCGCAGGUCUCUUGAAGUGGCGGCGCGUUUUCUUUAGCGAGUGCGAGCCCACCGCCGUCCAAGUCGUGCAGUGCCUCCGCCGUCUCUUGAAGCACAACCAAGAAGCGUUUACGGUGACCUGCUGCAAGGGCUACUCGGCAGCUGCGCUGCAGAACACGUAUACUGCGCUGCUCGACGAGCUCGCAAUUUUGCCACCGACACGCGAGGCAGCUGCCUGCGUUGUUGCUUUUGUGAAGCUUGAGUAA